GUCAAGCGUCAGCUGGAGGAGCUUGGCAUUGCUGCGCCGGGCGCGGUGUCCAUCCACGGCGAUGGCAAGAUCUUCCUCGAGACCUCCAUGGAGAUACUUCUGGAGCGCGUUGUCUGCCUGUCCAUGGUGGAAAGAGUCUUCCUUUGUGUUCAUCGGGAAGGCCUACACGAGGAGCAUGCCAUCUGCCACCAGGGUCCCAACUACAAACUUCUGCAG